GUGUACGGGAAUCAAAUCUUUGUGGUUGCAAGGCACGAGUAAAUCGAUGUUAAUGGUUGGAGUAACAGUCGGAUUUAUCCUGAAAAAUGAAAUGAAGGGCCAUAAUAAUCUGCAGUUUUAAAAUCUGUUUUCAAUAGUAACGUAUAAUAAUGUUCGCGAUUUGUGAGUGUGUGUGAUUAUCUAGUAUCUCCGAGGCAACUUAAUUUUGCAAAAUCUACCAAGAAGUCGCCGACGAUUUGGUCGCUUGUACGAGUAGAAUUGUAGAUCAAAGUGAUGGAAUAAUUUUCCCUCAUUAUGAUAUUAACAGUAUUUGUUUCAUAUACAACCUAAUUGUACAAUAAUAAUUGUGAUGAUAUGUCACCGUUGUUGUAAAGUCUCUAUUAAUAACGAACCAAUUCAAUAUGGCUCCAGGAUAUUGCUUUAAAAUACCAAUUACCAGGAAAUCCUAUUUGAAAAAAUUCUGCACUGAUGAUCAGCUAUUUGUACAUAUAAAAUAUCUUAGGAAGAGCAUAAAAAGGUUUUCCAUGAGGUAUAAAUUCUAAAUUAUCUGAGAUGAGUAAAGAAGUUAACUUGGAUAAUAUGUCGUACUUACGAUGUGAAAUAAAUGGCACCCAAUUUCUUCUACAAGCAAUACCAAACUGCGAUAACAGUGUUGCUAAUUCAAUGCUGCAGGAGAAGGCUACCAACGGGUAUUCAAAUGUUUCCCCUUAUGAGAAUGAUGAAUAUUCAGUUCCUCUAGUCUAUUUAGACCGACAAAUUUAUACCUUUCAAGACGGGGAGCUGAAGGAAUUCGAUUUGAGUCAUUAUGUCGAUCAGUCCAGCAAUACUAAGUCUGUGAUAGCAGACAAGGAAGAAGAAAAUGAAAAUGCAGAUUCAAUUAGAUCCUCUGACUGUUUGAGAAAAGAUGAUAUUUUAGUCGAACAAGUUGACGAUGCUGAUAGUGGUGACAGACAAAAUUCGUCGACUCACAACGUCGCUGUUCUUGACGAUAAAAAAUUUAUUAUCGAAAUGGACAGUUUGAAUGCUAAUGAUUUUGCUGAAGUUGUUACUGCUUUCAAGUGUAAAAUAUGUCCGUAUACCACUCAGGAUAAAAUACAGUUGUUGGAACACUUUGAAAACGUACAUAUAAAUCCAAUAGGACAGGAAAAGGAACAAAAUGAGUUGAAAAAUCAUGAUGAUAUCAAACUUGUCUAUAUGUGUGGUGAAUGUUCAAGUUGUUUUGAAACAAUUGACGAGUGUCGGAAUCAUAUGAUACAAGACCACCAACUGAUGGAUGAUGUAUCUGAUACAGCUGUGAACACCGGUUCUCUCAACUAUCUUAAACGACCUUAUUUGGUAAAUGAUUACUCAGACGAAUGUCAGGCGAAUAAUGACAGCAAACACAACAUCAAAGUAUCCAAAAUGCUUGGUUCGAGAAAAAUCACUGGUAAAAAUAUGCAGAGGCUCGAAAUAAAAGAAAAAAAUGUGAAAUGCGUGCAUCAAGGCUGCUUAUACAAGUUCAGCAAUGAAGAAAUGAUGCACCAACAUGCCAACUACCAUAUAGAUUCACAGCACGCCCAUGCAUUUAAAUGCAAUAUUUGUAAAGAUGUAAAAUUUUCAAAAUGGAAACCAUGCAGCUUGCAUUUAUGGAAAGAGCAUAAGAUUGACAUUGACCUUCUGUCAUGCAAAAUGUGUGAAACGUACAAAAGUUCAACUAUGGUGAAACUUGUCACCCACAUGAGAGUACACAGUGAGAAUCGUGAAUAUGAGUGUCCAGUAUGUGGCAAGUGUUUUAAGCAAUCUAGCCAAUUGCGUAAUCAUCGUGUAAUGCAUUUAAACAGAAAAUCAAACGAAGUACCCAGAUGGUACACGUCGAAGACCUGUGAAUUAUGCGGUAAGACAUAUGCCGAUUCAAAAUGUCUCAAAAAUCACAUGCAAGCUGUUCACUCCAAGCUGAGACCUUACGUUUGUAAUGUCUGCGGACAUUCAAGCGCGCGAAAAGCUAUGCUUCAAAUGCAUUUACGUCAACACACUGGCGACAAACCUUACAGCUGCGACAUUUGCGACUAUAAAACUGGUGAUCAUAACUCGUUGCGACGACAUAUAAUGCGUCACACAGGUGUUAGACCUUACAAAUGUCCGCAUUGUUCCUAUUCCGCGAUCCAGAGCAACAGUUAUAAAAACCAUCUAAGAUCUAAACACCCCUUGCUGGCUGGUGUCUAUACUUGCGAGCUAUGCCCGUUCAAAACAGUGAACAAGGAAAGUUACGUACAGCACAUUGGAAACCAUGAAAAGGGACUCAUAAAGGCUGCCACUCAAAAAAAAGGUGACGAGAACGUGGAGGUAUUUCCGGGUAACAUAGCUGCGGCUCAGUUGAUCUACAGUUGCCUUGGGGCAUUUUCGAAAGACGGAAAAACAAUCGAGGCGAAUUUAAUGACAUCAUCGACCUCUGCAGAUGGCACAUCACAGACCAUUACGAUUCAAAUACCGUCGAAAGACUUGGAAGGUACGUUGCCCACGAGUGAACACGUUUCCAAGAGCGGGAGUUUGACGAUGGAUCAAGAAGACGACGAGACGAUGCAUUGCUUCUUGGCAAUCCCUAGGGAAGAAGAAGAGAAUAUAGACACCGGGGGUAUAACUAUUCCUGCAGAACCAGAAGCGACUAUUGAUACAGCAAUGGAUGUAGUGAUUUGAAUGUGGUUGUACGAGUAGAUAAAAAUGGAACCGAAAAUAUAUGCUGUGUUCCAAAUUCGACGGUUAGAUUAUAAAAACGAGAAAGAUGUUUUUAAUAAAUGUGAGCUUUAUAUUCAA